CAACUGGCGGAAGUGACGGCAUCAGAUGUGCGUCAGGCGUUCGGUGGGGUCGAGUCCGGUAGCGGUGGCGGGUAUCUGCUGGCGGUUUGGCUAGGUUUCUGCGGUCGCGUCAUUUUCUCCGCAGUGCCCAGCAUCACUGUUUCAUGGUGCGUGACGAUAACCCAGAAAGUCGAAGACGUUUCUAAGGAGAUAAGAGGAUGCUCUAGGAAAAAUCUGAGUACCGAAGAAAGUGAGAGUCAUGGACCAGAACAACAGCCUUCCACCUUAUGCUCAGGGCUUGGCCUCCCCACAGGGUGCCAUGACUCCUGGAAUUCCCAUCUUCAGUCCAAUGAUGCCUUACGGCACAGGGCUUACUCCACAGCCUGUUCAGAACACCAAUAGUUUAUCUAUUUUGGAAGAGCAACAAAGACAGCAGCAGCAGCAGCAGCAGCAGCAACAGCAGCAGCAACAGCAGGCAGUAGCAACUGCAGCAGCCUCAGUACAGCAAUCAACAUCUCAGCAGCCCACACAGGGUGCCUCAGGCCAGACCCCACAACUCUUCCAUUCUCAAACUCUAACCACAGCACCAUUGCCAGGCACCACCCCCUUGUAUCCUUCACCAAUGACUCCUAUGACCCCUAUCACUCCUGCCACACCAGCCUCUGAGAGCUCUGGGAUUGUACCACAGCUCCAAAAUAUUGUAUCCACCGUGAAUCUUGGCUGUAAACUUGACCUAAAGACCAUUGCACUUCGUGCCAGAAAUGCUGAAUAUAAUCCCAAGCGGUUUGCUGCAGUCAUCAUGAGAAUAAGAGAGCCACGAACAACUGCGUUGAUCUUCAGUUCUGGGAAAAUGGUGUGCACAGGAGCCAAGAGUGAAGAACAAUCCAGACUAGCAGCAAGAAAAUACGCUAGAGUUGUGCAGAAGCUGGGCUUCCCAGCUAAGUUCUUAGACUUCAAGAUCCAGAACAUGGUGGGGAGCUGUGAUGUGAAGUUCCCCAUAAGGCUGGAAGGCCUUGUGUUGACCCACCAGCAGUUCAGUAGCUAUGAGCCAGAAUUAUUUCCUGGAUUAAUCUACAGAAUGAUCAAACCCAGAAUUGUUCUCCUUAUUUUUGUUUCUGGAAAAGUUGUAUUAACAGGUAAGUUGAAAGGGAAGUGGUGUACUGAAACUGCAAAGGACGUUGGGAUGGGAUCUUCUGUGUUGGGACAGUUGUCUGCCCACUUGGAGGAUGCUUUUGUUGAAGUUUUGCACCCCAUCCUAACUUCAUGAGAAGGGUGGAAGAGUGAGAAGAGCAGCUGCUAUAGCUGUCAGCUACUUAAGCUCGAUUGUGGCGGCAGGCAGGGAGGGAACACUGCCUGUUUUCAGUUGGCCCCUGCACUGAAAUUAUUAGAGUACAAUUCUGAGAUAACAAGAUUGAAAAGAGUUCACUUGAACAUCAACUGUUGGGAGAGUAAGGUUUCAGUCCUCAGUGCUUCUCAGCUACUAUGUCACUCAGGACCAAGUAUGGGAAGGAACUAGACUAGGGAGUGGAUAUUGUCUUGCUGACUUGUGGACCCUGGCCUAGGACCAACUAUAUAGUGAGGAAAUGAUGGUCUAGGGUGUUUAAAGGUCACUAGAUGUAUCACUUUUUAAAAUACUAAGAAAAUACUGUUUUAAAAACAUAGCUGAAGAGCUAGCUGGACAUGACCCUUAAUCCUCCUAGCAAUUGGAAGGCAGAGACAGGCCAGCCUGGUCUAUUCAAGUUUUCAAGUUCCAGGACAGCCAAAGCUACAAGAGAAACCCUGUCUCAAAAAAAAAAAAAAAAAAAGGAAGUGUGGUAGAGGGGUGCAGCAGCUAGGAUUGUGAUAAGAGGAUCCCGCCACUUGUUUCAAUGCCAUUUUUUGUCUUAAUUGGGUAUGGAGAGAACUGUACUUAUGUUUUAAGGUAAUGAUGUUACUUUCUAUUUUAAGAUAUGUUACUUAACCAUCUCGUUUCUGUUCCAAUGUGU